AGCUGCCCCCGUCAGCUUAACGAAAGCGAAAGAAUAAAAGAAAGAAUCUAUUAAUCUUGUCAUAAACAAGUUUGGCCAUAAACAAAUAGAAAAAAAAGCACGAAAGAAAGAAAGAACCCUUCGGUAAGGUUUGGUGCGCGGAGUGCCCAGGGCAGUGUUUCGCUCGUUUUCAUGUAUGAAAUCGGUUAAUUCGGUGCCUUCGGUACGGCGGAAAACGUGUAUUAGCGGACGCGGCACCACGACACGGUGGCCACCGUUGGGCGAACCCGUAAUCCAACACCGCAAUCGUCGGACGACCAAUUUCCGAGUGGUGGCCCAGGCUCGAGCCAUUCAUACAAGGGGCAGCAAGAUGGCGGCCGCCUACUAAGAAAGAAGACACACACAGUGGCAAACCCCGAAGACGACGGCCCCGUGAAAGUGUAUUAUUUUGUGCCGUAUUUUGUGUUUCGUGCGAUGGCCGAAAAGUGAUUUUGCGUUUCCGAUUAGUGAUUUUUUCCAUUUUCCCGUGUGUGAUUAUUCGGCGCUUGUGUGACGGUGUGUGUGUGUGUGUGCUUCUCUCUUCUCCGUGUGUCUCCUGUGAUUCUAACGGUGCUCCUGCUGUGCGAGGGUGUGUGUGUGUGCGUGUUGUUGCGGGGGUGGGUAGCGAAGAAGCAACGGAGCAGCCGGGGGGAAAACACGGGAAAAAGGAUGUGACAAUGGAAAUGUGCGUAUCGUAAUGGAUGCAACGAGCGGUGGAGCGUAUUGGGUAAUUAACGCAAGAACACAACAACGCAACCACUCGACAACGCCGCCACCGCCGCCGCCGCCGCCGACGAGGACGAGGGUGACAACGAGGGGGAAACGCAGGAGGAGGCGCACACGGAGCAAUAGGGACUCCCCGCUGCUGCAGCCAACGCAGCCGUACGUGCGAAAGGGGCGACAAUUGCAGCGGUGCAUUCUCGGGCUUGGAAAUUAAGAACAAGCACAGAAAGGAAAGAAACUCCACACAACCGCAGGCAACUAGAUAUACACAUACAGCCAAGCGCAUGAAAAGAAGCUAUUUACGCAAGGAAUCAGCAAAAGGAAACCACAAACGAGGAAAGAUUCCGCACGUCGUCGCCGUCUGGAGUGUCGUGCAAGUGUGCGAGAGCGAGUGCGGUGGUGUGAAAAGCGAGACAGAAACAAUAUAGUGACAAAAGACAAGUGGUGACAAACCGGGGGCUCGUCUCCUGCAGCACGGCCUGCUGCUGCGUUUGCAGUCAGAACGGCAGCAGUAUGAGUAUGCAACUGCUACUACGAUUGAUAUUGCUCCGUUUGGUCGGUGGCAUGCUGCCACUGGAUGCUGUGCUGAAAGGGAAACAACCACCACCGUCCUCCUCGAUCUCGUCGUCUGCCGGCCAUGGCCAGCAGCAGCAGCAGCAGCAGCAGCAGCACCGCGGCCAACAUGUUCACGGACCGACCGUGCUGGACGAUAUUGUCGCCCGGUACAGUCUGCCGAACGGGACCAGCCGCUUUACCCACCUGACGUACGAUCCCACCCGGCGUAUGUUCUAUGCCGGCGCGACCAAUCGGGUACUGCAGCUAAACGAAAACCUAACGCUGCUAAGGGAAGCCAUCACGGGGCCAAAGCUCGAUUCGGCCCAGUGCCAUGCCGCCGGCUGUCCGCCCGAUGUGCUGGACAGCGUGGAGACGGACAAUUACAACAAGGUGCUUCUGUACAACCGGGACGGUGAUACGCUCAUUGCGUGCGGCAGUGUGCAUCAGGGUGCGUGUGAAAUUUACUACUUAAGCGGUCGCUUCCCCGACUCGUCCAAACCGAUCGAGGUGGCACUGGCGGCCAACGAUGAACGGUCGACGACGUAUGCAUUUAUCGGCCCGAGCCGGUAUCAGUCGUGGAAGAAGGAGGACAUCAUGUACGUCGGGACGACGUUCACAAACGUGGGCGAUUAUCGGCACGAUGUGCCGGCCAUUUCAUCGCGCCGGUUGGAUGAUUUAACGUACGCGGAGUUUUCCAUCCAGCAGUCCAACAUUAACAUCGACGUAAAGUAUCGGGACCACUUUCUGGUGAACUAUCUGUACGGGUUUAACAGUACGGAGUAUGCGUACUUUGUGCUGGUGCAGAAGAAGUCCCAUCUGGCGGAUGAAGCCGGCUACGUGACGCGGCUGGCACGGAUCUGCGUGAACGAUCCCAAUUACGACAGCUACACGGAGGUAACAAUCACUUGCAUGGUAAACGGGACGGAUUACAACAUCCUGCGAGAUGCCAAGCUAGCCCAGGCCGGCCAAAAGCUAAGCAACGAUAUGGGAAUCAAACGAGAAGACUAUCUGCUGGUAGCGGUCUUUUCGCCGUCGAAGGAAAUUACUGACGAACCGCAAAACCGAUCCGCCAUCUGCAUGUACAGCCUCAAAGACAUCGAGGAGGUGUUUAACGAAAACAUUCACUCCUGUUUCAACGGCACAAUUAAGGAUCGCAAUCUCGGCUACAUUUCGGGCACGAUCAACGAUGGCAAGUGUCCGGUCGCCGGCUCGUUGGGCAACAUUUUUAGCUUCUGCCAUGUGGGGCUUAAAAUUAGCGGCGUCACGCCGGUGAUCGCACCGGCCCGGUUUGCGUUCGGCGAAGGAGUGUCGCUUACCUCGAUCGCGGUCACUAACAUCGGUCUGCACACGCUUGCGUUCGUCGGGAGCAAUGAUGGUUGGAUCCGGAAGGUGCUACUGUCUGGGCGGGAGGCGGGUGAAUACGAGCGGUUACUGGUGGACGAGGAAGGCUAUUCGAUCCUUCCCGAUACGAUGUUUGCCCCGUCGAACGAUCAUCUGUAUGUGCUUACGGAGCGAAAGGUGAUCAAGAUGAAGGUGGAACACUGUGGCACGUUUGGCAACUGUUCCGCCUGUCUGGAAUCGCGCGAUCCGUACUGUGGUUGGUGUUCGCUUGAGAAGCGCUGCACGGUACGCACCGCCUGCCAGAAGGAUACGAGCGCCGCUCGCUGGCUUUCCAUCGGUACCGGGCAGCAGUGCAUCGACUUCGAAAUGGUAGCACCCGAUCGGGUCCCGGUCGGUCAGAUGUCAGUCGUACGGUUGGUGAUCAAAACGCUGCCGGAGCUGCCGCACAACGCACAGUACCGGUGCGUGUUUGGCAACGCGACACCGAUCGAUGCGAACGUCACAAAAGAAGGGCUCAUAUGCACAACGCCACCCGUCACCGAGCGACCCUCCAUUCCGGACGGGCAGGAUCACGUACUGGUGCCGCUGAGUGUUCGCAGCUCGGAAACGAACAAGGACUUUGUGUCGCGCAGCUUCGCCUUUUACGACUGCACCCGCCACGAUACCUGCCGGAAGUGUUUGGUCAGCAACUGGGGCUGCCAUUGGUGCAUUUACGACAAUCGGUGCGCGUUCAACACGACGGCGUGUCGCAAUUCGGCCAACAUCGUACAGAAUGAAGCGUCCUGCCCACGGUUGAAGCAGCGCACCGGGCCGAUUCUGCUACCGAACAAGGUACCGAAGGAAAUAAGGCUCGAGAUUGAGAACCUGCCACGGCCGCAGAGCGCACAUACCGGGUUCCUGUGUACGGUUAACAUUGAGGGUGCGCAUAUGGUGCUGCCGGCGCGCGUCGAAGCGAACAAGUACAUUGUGUGCGAGAAGACGCUGUACUCCUACGAAGCGGCAACCAACGAGUACGAAGCAACGGUCGAUGUGAACUGGAACCGCAACCAUUACAUCGACACCGUCACGGUUGUACUGUACAAGUGUGAAAUACUCGGCUCGCAUCGUGACCAUGCCGACUGCAGCCUGUGUGUGACGCGCGAUCCCAAGUAUCAGUGUGCCUGGUGCGGGCAGCAGUGCAGUUACAACGAAUCGUGCCUGGAUGGGGGGAGCGGUUCGCUGAUGCUGCGGGGCCGCGGCGGAGAAGAGGGAGGAUGUCCCCGACCGCGUAUCGAUCUGAUCAAACCGCUGAGCGGUCCAAUCGAGGGCGGCACGCUGGUGACAAUCGAGGGCAGCAACCUUGGCAUCCGGGAAGAGGACGUUCGCGGACGGAUACAUAUCGGUGAGGUGCCGUGCGAACUGGAACGGUACGAAAUAUCGGUCCGCAUCGAAUGCCGCACGGGCCCGGUACGUUCGGAAAUGUCCGCACCGGUUAAGGUGGGCAACGAAGCCGGCUACACGAUGUCGAGUGUCGAGUUCCGGUAUCGGGACGUGCAGCUGGAAGGCUUAAGCCCGACGAUGGGCCCGCAGUCGGGUGGAACGAAGCUGUCCAUUAUCGGCAAACAUCUGAACGUGGGUACGGCAGCGAUCGCCUAUCUGGACGACUACGAGUGUCGCAUCAAUCGCACACAAGCGUCCUCGAGCAGGCUUACCUGCGUCACGUCCGCCGCUCGCUCGCCGGAACACAUUCGUGUGCUGACGCUGCGCAUCGAUGGCGCAAAUCGGACGCUCGCUUGCAGCACUAGCGGUGGCAGCAACGCAACACCCGGCGAACGGUUGCGUGGAUCGGCGUACGGUGCUGCCGGCACGUACCACAGCCGGUACGAAACGUGCAGCGUGUACAACUACACCGUCGACCCGAAGAUUAUGCAGAUUAAGCCGCUGAAAAGCUUCCUCAGCGGGGGCCGCAUGAUGACGGUGCACGGUACCAAUUUGGACGCGAUCCAGCAGCCAGAGAUCGAGGUUUACCUGAACGACGAGCGGCUCAAUCGAUCCACCUGUACCGUGCUGAACUCGAACCAGAUGGAAUGUCCGUCACCGUCGGUCCGGGAUGCAUGGGCCAUGCUGCAGCAGCAGCAAACACUGCUGCGCAAUCUGACUGCCAGCUCCGGGGAGUAUGCGCCGCCGCGCAUGCUGUCCGGGUUUGUGUCCGCCGACGGGCGCUCCGUUCCUAUCCAGCAGCAACCUCCUACGGCUUCGAUGCCGAUGCUGCUACCGUCCCAGUAUUCGCUGACGUCGACGUCAGGCCCGUUGGUCACGGCCGCAGCCCCACUGUCGCCGUUUCAUCCGUCCGAGCAGCAGCUGCAGCUGCUGCUACAGAUCAACUUCCUGAUGGACAGCGUCCUGUCGGUGCGCAACCUGCCGAAACACUUCCAAAACCUGCGCUCGGGCAUCGUGUACGUGGAGGACCCGGUGUACCAGCCGUUCCCGAGCACGGUCAAGAUGUACAAGGGCGACACGCUGGUGAUCGAGGGCGAGCACCUGAAUGCGGCGAGCGACGAGACGGACGUGAACGUCACGAUCGGCAUGGCUCAGUGCAACGUGACGAGCUUGGCGCCGACCCAGCUCGUGUGUACACCGCCGCUCGAGCAGCCUGCCCCGACGGACGAGAACGGAGUUCCUACUGUGAAAGACUUGCCGCUGGUCGUGGUUCGGGUGGGGCGUAAUUUACGCUUCCCAAUAGGUUUUAUCAAGUACGAUCUUAUCAAACCGUACGCCUUUUCGCACAUUCUGUCCGGCAUCAUCGUGAGCGGUAUCUUCUUCGUGCUGUGCCUGCUUGCCAUACUGUUCAUCUACCGCCGGAAGAGUACGCUGGCCGAGCGGGAGUACAAGCGCAUCCAGAUCCAGAUGGACACACUCGAAAGCAACGUGCGGAUGGAGUGCAAGCAAGCGUUCGCCGAGCUGCAGACGGACAUGACGGAUCUGACGGCGGAUCUCGAGAGUUCCGGCACGCCGACGCUCGAUCUGGUCAAUUACGUGAUGAAGGUGUUCUUUCCGGGCGUUUCCGAUCAUCCCGUGCUGUUGGCGAAUGGUGCGAAGCUGCACGGCCAUCACCACCAACACGGCCAUCCGCACCACGGGCACCAUGGGCAUCCGCAUCAGCGCACGAACUACGAUCAAGCGAUGGUGCUGUUCGAACAGUUGAUCAACAAUCGCGUGUUUUUGCUGCUGUUUAUCGACACGCUCGAGGCGCAGAAAACGUUCACCAUAAGGGACAAAGUAAACGUAGCGUCACUGCUAAUGAUAGUGCUGAUGAAUCAGAUGGAUUAUGUGACGGACAUACUGAAAAGCUUGCUGCUACGACUGAUCGAUAAGUCGGUGAUGACCAAACACCCGCAGCUGAUGCUCCGCCGGACGGAGAGUGUGGUCGAGAAGAUGCUAACGAACUACAUGGCACUCUGCAUGUACGACUAUCUACGCAACUAUGCCGGCAACUCGCUCUUUCUGCUGUACAAAGCGAUCAAGCACCAGAUCGAGAAGGGUCUGGUCGAUGCGGUUACGCACGACGCCCGGUACUCGCUGAGCGAGGACCGGCUGUUGCGCGAACAGAUCGUGCACAGUGUCGUAACGCUGCACAUCAUCCAGGACGAUCUGGAUGAGAAGGUGCAGUGCAAGGUGCUGGACUGCGAUACGAUCAGCCAGGUGAAGAGUAAGGUGCUGGACGCGCUGUUUAAGAACACGCCGUUCUCGCUCCGCCCGAGCGUACACGAUCUCGAUCUCGAGUGGCGGCACGGGCGCGGUGGUCAUCUGGUGCUGCGGGACGAGGACGUCACCACCAAGUCGGUGCACGGGUGGAAGCGGCUUAACACGCUCUCGCACUACGGCGUGAAGGAGUCGGCCGUAAUGUCGCUGGUCGCGCGGCCACACGACGGCUACAAUACUCCCGGCCGUCACAUCUUCCCGUACUGUUACUACAUCAACAAUCCGCCGUCCUCCAAUCAUCACCUGUCGUCCACGACGUCACCGCACGGCGCUAGUGGGCCCGGUUCCGGUGGUAGCAGCGGUACGAUGGGACCGGCCCACCAGACCGACACGCUGCUGGCCGGCAGUGCAAGCCACCAUCAUCAUCAUCACUCACAUCACGUACAGCAAGCGGCGGCCGCUGCCGCCGCCGCCGCCGCUGCAGCACAAGCAGCGGCCGCUCAGCAACAGCAGCAGCAGUCCCAGGUCGGUGUGUUCCAUCUGGUGAAGCCGAUGGACGAUCGGUUUUCGACCCUGUCGUCGUACGAUCAGCACGGUUCGUCCUCGUCGGCGCACGGUGCACUGUACGGUGGGGGGCCGGGCAGCGGCAGCCACCACAAAGCAAUACCGGAGAUCUUUCUGACCCGCCUGCUCGCGACCAAGGGCACGAUACAGAAGUUUGUCGACGAUCUGUUCGCGACGAUACUGACGGUGAACGAGGCGCUACCGCCCGCGGUCAAGUGGCUGUACGAUCUGCUGGAUGCGGCCGCCCGCCACCACGGCAUACACGACCCGGAGGUGAUACAUGCGUGGAAGUCGAACGGGCUGCCGCUGCGGUUUUGGGUGAACUUUAUCAAAAAUCCGGACUUUAUAUUCGACAUCUACAAAACGCCCUCGGUCGACGUGUGCCUGAGUGUGAUCGCGCAAACGUUCAUGGACGCGUGCUCCACGACCGAGUACCGGCUGGGGAAGGAUUCGCCCUCGAACAAGCUUCUGUUUGCGAAGGACUUGCCUCAGUACCGGGAAAUGGUUUCCAAUUUCUACGCCGACAUUGCCAUGAUGCCUCAGAUCAGUGAUCAGGAGAUGCGUAGCGCCAUGCAAAGGUUAUCCAUCCACCAGCAGCAGUUCGAUACGCUGGCCGCAUUAAAGGAACUCUACAUUUACGUUAGCAAGUAUCGUUUACAGAUUAAGGAAAUAUUAGAACUGGACUCGACGGCAAGCAAGUUACAUUUAGCGCAUAAGCUUGACCUCGUCGCAGCUACAUUAGAAGAUGAUGAGUGCAAAACGAUUGAUUAUUACGAAUAACAACAAAUGCCAGCCGGGGUGACGACAACGAUGACGUCGACGACGACGGCGCGAAAGAAGCGUCAGUUUUUAAAGAAUGGCCAUAUUUUAAAGCACGCAGCGAGCACGUCGUCUGCGUGAAAUCUUAGUGAAACAAAGCAUUUAACAAAACAAAACACAAGAAGCAGCUAACGAACAAGCGAUAAAAAAAAAACAGUAAAACACACACACACACACAAUGUGCUCUUCCGUCUUCGAUUUGCCGCGAUAGAGAGAGAGAGAGAGAGAGAUAAAAGGUAUUACAGGUAGUUUAAGACACCCGGCAGCCGUGCGCAUUCCUCCGCGAAGCAUUUAAAUAGUUUAAAUAGUCGUACUCUACUUAAUAUUCGGGGGGGGGGGGGCCCCGAGCCCGGAGAUUCUCGAUGUCGUCGUCCUCCUCCCCUGAACGACGAGUCGUCUGAGCCUAGUGAAAACGAUGUGAAGGAGGAAAGUGCAUUAAGGGCACCGGAUUAAGGAUAAUAGCGCCGAUGAUGAUGACGAUGAUGAUGGGACGUGUUAUGUCCAUUUAUUUAUAGUGUUCAAAAAAAAAAAAAAACAGAGAGUCGCAAAACGAAAGGAAUGAUGGACAGAUGAUAUACUCAAAAUCUUCUCACGGAGAUCAAACGGGCUCUCUAGGUGUCGGUGACCUUUUUUCCCGAUCUCAUAUAUCCUUCCCGCGCCGCCUGCGGACAGUGAGGGUGCCAGAGGUCAGAUGUCACAUUAGAAGGUCUCUCUCAACUCCCCCAGUUGUUGUGUACUUGUGUGGGGCCGUUGUGGGUUGUGGGGGAGCGGAGGGCCGUUGCAUUUUAAAAUGGAACUAGAAUCUAAGUUUUUUUCCAGCCAGCUCUUAAUUAUUCUCUCUGAUUCGGAGUUAUUUUUUAAACGCAAUAGGGAGAAACAUGGCAGCGGGCCGCCGAAUCUACACGCGAUUCGCGAGAAACAUAUAUACUCAAACCACGAUCUGAUUUACGAACAACAAAAAACAAGAAAGAAGAAAAACAAAACACUCCGAACAGGUGCAUCAAACGUAAUAAGAACAGAAAAGAAAAACAAACAGAAAGACGAUUAUAGUUCAGAUAUUAGGAAAAGAAAGUUAAUGAAAAACAAACAACACAGUGAUAAGGAAAAAAAACACAAUUCAAACAGAAACAAACAAAAAAAAGAUGAGAAAAAUUAAAAAAAGGAAAACACUUGGAAGAAAGACAAGAGAAAAUGUGACUGAUUGAAAUAAUAUACAAAACAAAAAACAGAAACACACGAACACAAGCGAACCGGGAGCGCGAAAAGUAGUAGUGGUAGAAGUGUGUGUGUUGAGGCGCGAGCUAGGGGCGUGGAGGAGCAUACGCAGGGAAUGGCUGUGUUUUUCCUUCGUCGAGAAACGGCAGCAUCCAAACGUGUGUCUUCCGGUCCUAUGCGAGUGUGGAAACGAAACAAAAGUACACAGUGUGUAAAUAAGAAAAAAACAAUUCCGUCUGAUGAUGAAUAUGACAGUGAUACAUAAAA